GGUGUGAUGUUGUUGGUGUUGGAAAUAACAAGCACGAGACUCCCUCUCAAGAAAAAGCCAAACCCCACGCGAAGAAGAAGAGAAGAAGCAAAGGAAGGAAAAAAGAGAAAGAGAGCAAAGAGCAAAGAGCAAAGAAAGAGCAGAAUAAGGUGUCUCUCUCUUGGACUGAUUCGUUUCAAUCGCAUCUAUCUCUUCAAUUCCAAGCUCCUAUUCUCUCUCUCUUUCUUUCUAUUCUUUCUCUCUCCAUCUCUAUAUUAACAAAGCUAAUAGCAUCAUAGCAAACAAAGGAAGGCCAACAACAAAAACAACAACAAGGAGAAAGAAAAAGUUAGGUGAAAACAAAGUGCCCCAAGUAAAUAAAAGAGAGACAGAGAUGGGAAGAAGGGUAAGAGAAUGGUGCUGAUGCUGAAGAAGGUGGAGGUGGUGGUGGUGCCCUCUCUCUCUCUCAAUACACAUAAUUCAUCUGAUUCCUUCUCUUUCUUUCUCUGAAAAGUAUAUAUCUUUCUGUUUUUUUUAUUUUUGGGUUUUUUAAAAUCCUUCUUCUACUUCUCUAUCUAUCUAUCUAUCUAUUUCUCAUUGAAUAGUCCGCCUACUGCUUGGUAGGGAGGCAUCUUUCAUGCUUGUUAUGUGCUAGCGUUUAUUGUUCUUCCCUAUUCCCCUUAUUAAGUUCCUCUGUCAUCUUUUGGACUUUUAACCAAUUGCCAAUACCAAACCUCUCUUUCUCUCUCUUCCCCACCUAUUCUUUCUUUUCCAAUACAUUAUACAUUUAUUCCUGUCACAAUCUUCUCUUCUAUAUCAUCAUCAUCAUCAUCAGCAUCACCAAUCUACAAUCAACAAUGGCAGUUCAAGCUCAAUACCCUUCAAAUAUCCUCUUUCUAAACAGAAACUCACAAGAAGGGCUUGAUUAUUCCUUACAAGCACAGCCAGGAGGAUAUCUUGAUCAAUCCCACAUGCUAUUCAACAAUGGAGGAGGAGCAGUCAAUAAUACUACCAAUCAGCGCAAAAGAGGAAGAGAAACUUCAGCUGCCACUGAAAUCUCACCUUCAAUCCUUCCUUUCUCUCUGCAACAACAAUCCCAACCUCCUCCUCCUCAGCUCAUCGACCUCUCCCAACUCCACAGCCACAACCACAACAAUCCCAAUGUGGUCUCCACAGGCCUCCGUUUAUCCUUUGGAGACCAACAACAACAACAACAGCAACAGCAGCAACAAUUUCAACAGCAUCACAAUCAACAACAACAACAACAACAAUCUUCAGCUUUGUUCUCUGUUUUAACAGAGGACUUUGCUGCCCAAAUCAAACACCAGCGGGACGAAUUAGACCAAUUCCUUCAAGCCCAGGGGGAGCAAUUACAGCGCACAUUAGCAGAGAAACGGCAGAGGCACUACCGUGCGCUACUGAACGCAGCGGAGGAAUCAAUAGCUCGUAGGUUGAGAGAGAAAGAGGUGGAGGUUGAGAAGGCCACGCGUAGAAAUGCCGAGUUGGAAGCACGUGCUGCGCAACUUAGCGUGGAGGCCCAGGUUUGGCAGGCUAAGGCCCGGGCACAACAGGCCACUGCUGCGACCCUACAGGCCCAACUACAGCAGGCUAUGAUGAGCAGCGGCUUUGUGGCGGCUCAGGAUAGCAGGAGAGGGGACGAUGGAGUAGCGUCCUCGGCGGGCGUAGAGGGCCAAGCUGAGGACGCCGAGUCGGCAUACAUUGACCCAGAACGAGUGACCAUGUCUGCCCCGAAUUGUAAAGCAUGUCGAAAACGGGUCGCCUCGGUGGUUAUACUGCCGUGCCGGCACUUAUGCCUCUGUACAGAGUGUGACCAAAUGGCUCAGGCCUGCCCAUUGUGCCUCUGCAUGAGAAAUUCAAGUGUGGAAGUCUUUCUUUCUUAGGGCCCAAGCCCAAUGCCGGAAGCCCAGGCCCAGGAAGAGGCGAGACGGCACGAGAGCAAGGGUAUUAAAAAAGAAGUGAAAAAAAAAAAGGAAAACCAAAUAAUAUUUGGGGUAUAAUAAAAUUAUUAUUUGUUCUUUUUUGGGGAAAAUAUUCUGAUAUCCCACUCAAUUUUUUUUUUCAUGUUCUCUUUUUGGUUCCCCCUCUUGGAGUGAUUUA